AUGGUGUUGACGCAGCCAUUCUUGCCUACGUGUGAAGAGCUCGACCUCUUGGACGCGCAUCUGCAUGAGCUCGAGGAGCCCGGGACGACCUUCUUGCAAGAUUUCAUUGUGGCCCCUCCGCUGAUGCCGAGUGACACGCCACUUAGUACUUCAAGUGGGUACACUUCCGAGGAAUCGGACCACUCGAUCAUGACGGGGUCCGACGAGUUUCUUCAAUGCCGUGGCAUGUCGUUCUUACAGGCUGCAAAGACAAGUGAGCUGGUGGAUGUUGUGGAGGAUCUCUCUGCGCAAGAUCUGAUGGCUGUCUCACCGCGUAGCCAGCAGCAUUACCAGCACUUUACAGGCAUGGGCGUGAAGAGCAAGACUUCCAAGUACCGUGGUGUGACGCAGACUAGCAAGACCUCGUGGGGUGCCAAGUACAGUGCCAAACGCAUCACGAAUACGUGCAAAACGCCGGAAGAAGCUGCUCGUGCGUACGACAAGUACCUCGAGACGAAUUUUCCGCAGAAAUUCGCCAAGUUUGCCAACUUUUGCCACAAGUGUGACAAGUUUGUAAAUCCGCUUGGGCUCCCUCAGUACCAAAGCGAGUGCGUGUGCUCUUCGAGCUCACCAAUUGGAUCUCCCUUGUCGGAAGCAGCUUCCAUGUCGCUCAAAAAAGAGAUUGACACGGAACAGCAGGUUACGAGUCCUACAGCCACGCUGCCCUUGGUUCCACCGAUGGCUCCUUCUCCAGCCGGCGUACCUUCAACAUUGAACAUGAUGGACGUGUUGAAUCAUCGCUCGGACGUGGAUCCUGCGAACGAGCAGAGCACGACGUUUGUUGGUCGGUGCUCAAACAAUAUGUCUGGCUCGCUCAAGUUCAGCUUUUCAGAUGGCGCAGAACGGCCCUUUGCGCAGUCGUACGAUAGCGGGACCAAAAUACUGCAGAACCAGGAUGGAGCAGCUUUGACUGAAGUGCAGCAGCAAGGGCAGGAUAAGAUGUACGACAGUUUACCCAUGACGGCCAUCAGUUCAGCCGUGGACUCCUUUACUCUGGGCGAUAACUUGGACCAGAUCAUCAAGGAUAUCAACCACCCGCCUUCUUUCCAAUCGUUGUUGAACCGAAGUGUGGCUGAGGAACGUGUCGCAAAUGACAACGCCAGGAUUUGCCCUACAGCUAUCAGAAGCAGCAGCGGCAUCGGAAAGAUGAGCGAAUCUGCCACCUAUGACACGAUUUUGGUAGAGCCAGCGACACCGAACUCCUUGGGCUUUGACGUCGAUGAACUGGACGAGUUGACCAAUUAUUUCCUGUCCGAAAACGACGUGACGGUAGCUGUCCAACGAGAAAUGCAUGCAGAUCCUAUUUCGACCGAGCAGCAUCCUGUUGUAAAGGAGGAAAGGAGUCGGCAGUUUAAGAAGAUCCACAGUCUCGAUUUUGAUUGCGAAAACACAACAGAUAGCGACGCUGCCAUGAACGACGUGAAGCUCGAGGAUGCAGGAGGCACUUUUCUGGCAAUUCCUGUAGGUGUCAAUUCUAGUGGGUCUACUCCUCCAGGCUCGUCAUCAUCAGCUACAAUCGAUAUCCAGACGCAGUUUCUGGAAAAGUACUGGCGCAAUGAUCGCAAGAACAUUCAGUGCUUCCCGUAUUGCCCGGAACACGGCGACUAUUACCGUGUGCGCAUUGAGGAUCUCCAGCACCAAUGCAAGGGUGUUUGCCAUGCUCCUGUGAAAGCCCGCGUUUCGAUUCCUGCACCAGCGGGUGCUUCGGUGGUUAAGACCGGACUAACGGUAUUGGCCCGCUGUAAUAGCUCCUUUUCUCAACAAAAGGCUCUUACAGAGCAGCAAUUGCUGAGUUCGGCGGAAAUGAAAUCACUACAAGGUGUUAGCACUAUCGGUGUGAUAAGUCAAUUUACUCCAGUUCGAAACGGCACAGGAGGUGUGCAGUUCGACGUGAUGUUCCACCCCGACGUGUGGAAAUUCGAGUUUGCUCUUCCCAAGAAGCGGCGCCACAUACAGAGCUCCAAUCGGGCUUUGUCAUCAGACGAUUCGGUGGCUAGUGGCGGCUCUACGGCAGCAGAGUUUCUGUACUUCUUUGAGAUUGACGUAUUUUACUCUCGCGGAAGGACGUCGUUCGAGCGGUUGGGGCAUACGAAGUCGGCCAACUUUCGUAUCGGUAAUACGCGCACACUCCUGCGGCAGCGCAACAAGAGGGUCGGAGAAAUGUGCUGCAGCGAAGAACCGCAGACAUACGUCGGUGGAUGCGACAACGACAAGAUGAUCAGUGUUGACGACCUACCGGAGAAGAAAAAGGUGAAGGUGCAUCUGGGUCAGCGUGAAUUGUUGUCAGGUGCGUCAUUUAGCGACGAUAGCGCUCGAAGCGGUUGUGAACUGGCUGAAAGUAAACUGCUAAGUGACUGUGCCACGGGUGAAGAUAUUUCGUCGUCAUCGAAGCUCAGCUUGCCGACGGUCAAGCCCACAUGUAUGGAUGGUGAUCGGUGUAUCAAAACCGAUUCGAAGGACUCGACGUGUGAUCGCAAGCCGGGCUUAUUGGAUCUUCCUCAUGCCGACUCUGAUGUGUGGAAGAAUAUGAAUGCUAGCAGUGUCGGUACGCAGCAGACAGCUGCAUCUGACUAUCGGUCUUAUGUCUCCCCGAAGCAGAAGCAUGGCAGCGUUCAGAUGGCGGAUUCACUAGUUGCAACUUCUACUUCAUUUACGCGCAGCACCAACGAAAGACCAGCAGCUUCUACUUCCUCGGCAGUGACGGAAUCAUACAGUUUGCCAGAGCUGCUGCGUUACUCCUUGGCGUGCGCACCACUGUCCCUGCUGUUUAUGCCUGUGGGCAUCCUGUUGACACUUGUGUUCGUGAUUGUUCCGCUUGCGGCUUCGAAUGUUGUCGGCGCCCUGGACUCGUUGUCGGACAUGGAGCUGUCUCGCGCCAACCGUAGCUGCAUCUCAAGGGACCGACGUCUUGUUUUGAGUCGUCUUGUCGAAGAGAAGGGUGACAGUGAUAAAAAGCCAAGUGGUGGUGGCUUGUUUCACUACCACGUCAACGGCAAAGUGUGGUACCGAUUAUUCUACUUCAGUGGGGCAAAGUUUGUGGUAUCCAUGAUAUCUCUCGUUCCAGCGCUUUUGCUGGCAUUGUUUGCCGGGCUUCUCUAUCCGAUUCGUUCAGUCUCUGGUGUCAUCGGGAAUGCUGCCUCUAGCUGUGCACUUUGGUCGAGAGAGUACACACGUACGACCACAGGUAUGCCUCUAUCGGGCGACAUCGUCGACUACGAUGCCACGGAUGGACGUGUAUGA